AAAGAACUGGAUGGAUUUGAAACAGCGCGUGGGGCCCUACAGGCGGUGUUAUAUCUUUUCUCACUGUUCGACCCCUGGGGAGCCCCUGAUCGUUCUGCAUGUGGCGCUCACCAGCGACAUUUCCAACAAUAUCCAGGCGUCCAGCUCCCGCAACCAGCACGGUGACCGCAGCCUCGAGUGGCCGUCUAGGCCAGCCCCACGGGCCUCCUCCUACCUGCUGCCCGGCAGGCCAGCCGCCAGCCCCAGCCAUGAGCGAGUCCAGGAAGGACCAGGUGGGCACCAGCAGCUCGGAGCCCCUGCCCGUCAUCAUCAUCGGCAACGGGCCCUCGGGCAUCUGCCUGUCCUACCUGCUCUCAGGCCAUGCGCCCUACGUGAAGCCGGAUGCCGUCCACCCACACCCGCUGCUGCACAGGAAGCUGGCCGAGGCUUCGGGGCGCUGCCUCCUGGACCAGGACCUGGAUUACCUGUCUGAGGGCCUCGAAGGCCGGAGCCAGAGCCCUGUGGCACUGCUCUUUGAUGCCCUCCUGCGCCCAGACACGGACUUCGGGGGCACCUUGGACUCCGUGCUCUCCUGGAAGCGGCAGGAGGAGCGAGCUGUCCCCCACCUGGUCCUGGGCUGCGGCCCACCCGGGGGUGCCUGGCAUGCCAUGGAAGGCUCCAUGGUGACCCUGAGCCAGGGCGAGUGGAUGGGGCUCCCCGACCUGCAGGUCAAGGACUGGAUGCGGGGGAAGCGCAGAGGUCUCCGCAACAGCCGGGCCACGGCCGGGGACAUUGCCCAGUACUACAGGGACUACGUGACCGAGAAGGGUCUGAGCCCCAACUUCCUGUCUGGCGCGUUGGUCACAGGCGUGGAGAUGGGGGGAGCCGAGCCCAAGGACCCCAGUGCCCUCUUCCGAGUGAGUGGCAUCCUGACCGCUAAGGACCGGCGCCAGCGGCCCUUCUCGCUGUGGGCCCGAAGUGUGGUCCUGGCCACCGGCACAUUUGACAGCCCGGCCCGGCUCGGCAUCCCGGGCGAGGCCCUGCCCUAUGUGCACCACAAGCUGUCGGCCCUGGAGGCGGCCAUGCGGGCGGGCACCGUCACCCCGGCCUCAGAGCCCGUGCUCAUCAUCGGCGCCGGGCUGUCUGCGGCCGAUGCAGUGCUCUACGCCCGCCACUGUGGCCUCCCUGUGAUCCACGCCUUCCGGCGGCCAGUGGACAACCCGGGCCUGGUAUUCAACCAGCUGCCCAAGAUGCUGUACCCCGAGUACCACAAGGUGCACCAGAUGAUGCGGGAGCAGUCGGCCCCAUCACCCAGCCCCUACGAGGGCUACUGCAGCCUCCCUGGGCACCGGCCGCUGCUCUUCAAGGAGGGCCGCCAGGCUGUGCUGUGUGACCCGUGCAGCCGCCACCAGGUCUUCGGCGUCUCCCUAGUGCUGGUCCUCAUUGGCUCGCACCCCGACCUCUCCUUCCUCCCAGGGGCAGGUGCCAACCUCACCUCUGACCCUGAGCAGCCCCUGAGUGCCAAGAGGAACCCCAUCAACGUGGACCCCUUCACCUACCAGAGCACGUGCCAGGAGGGCCUGUACGCCCUCGGGCCUCUGGCUGGGGACAAUUUCGUGCGGUUUGUGCAGGGCGGGGCCCUGGCCGUGGCCAGCUCCUUGCUGAGAAAGGAGACCCGGAAGCCACCCUAGUGGCCCUGGCACCCAGUCCCUGAGGAGGAGAGCACAGCCCUGGGGCAUGCAGGGCCCCCAGAAGAUGCCCCGUGAGGUCCAGAGACUGGACCAGAAGCGGCCCCUCCUGCUCAGAGGAAUGAGGGACGCGGGCUCCAUGGCCGGACAGGGGCCAAAGGCCAGCGAGGGCUGGGCCUGGGAUCUGGGGAAGCUGCGGAGGAGCCCGGGUCCCCAGGGCCAGCUGAGCACCCCGCCAGAACGACUGCAUGCCGGCUCCACCCAGAAUCGGGUCCCAAAUAAACCAGUGUCUGCCUGCA